CAUUAUUCACCCACGCCAAGUGCAGGAAGACAAUUACUUGGCAUCCUCCUCAACACCCAGGCAAACCCAGCCCAGCUCCUGGAACAGAUAAAAGGGAGCAUCUCCAGCCUCGGAGUCAGAGGGACUUUCUUCCAUCCUCCCUGCACUCAACUGCUUGCAGCUCACCUCCAGUAACCCUUCUCUCCAUUUGUAUCUCGGCUUGAGAGGAGCAGCCAUGGCUCUGCAGUCAUGUACUAAAUCCAUCGGAGGCAGCAAAAGAGGCUAUAGCUCGUGCUCUGCCAUUGGUGGUGGUGGUGGAGGGGGGAGCAGAGUCAGGAGCAGCUACAGCUCGUAUUCCUCCCGGGGCUAUGGAGGUGGUGGACGGUGUGGUGGUUUCAGCAGCAGGAGCUAUGGUGGAGGUGGAGGCGGAAGGAUUUCCUCUGGGUUUUAUGGUGGAGGAUAUGGCUGCCAAGGUGUUGGCUUUGGUGGUGGGGUAAUGGGUUAUGGAGGAGCUGGUGGCUAUGGAGGAGGAGGAAGCUGCAUUGUAGGAGGACUAGGUGGCUAUGGAGGAGGCAUGGGAGGUGGCUUUGGUGGAGGUGGCUUCGGUGGUGGUGGCAUGGGACCAGUGAUGGGCGGUGGACCUGUGGGUGGCUUUGGCGGUGGCGGUAGAGGAUUUGGUGGCUUUGGUGGACCUGGGAGUGGUGGCCCUGGGUUCCCUAGAGGCAUCCAACCUGUUCAGGUGGAUCCCAACCUCAUGAGGCCAGUCCAUGUGGAGAUUGACCCCCAGAUCCAGCAGGUGAAGCAACAUGAGAAGGAGCAGAUCAAGACCCUCAACAACAAGUUUGCCACGUUCAUCGACAAGGUCCGGUUUUUGGAGCAACAAAACAAGGUUCUGUCCACAAAGUGGGAGCUCCUCCAACAGCAAGGACAUAGUGGUCCAAGGAAGGACCUCAGCGACAUCUUUGAAAAUUAUAUCCAAAACUUGAGGAGGCAGCUGGACUCUAUCCAUGGUCAGAGAGGACAGCUGGAGUCAGAACUGCAGAACAUGCAAAACUAUGUUGAAGACUACAAGAACAAGUAUGAAGAUGAAAUCAACAGGCGCACGGCUGCCGAGAAUGAGUUUGUGGUGCUGAAGAAGGAUGUGGAUUGUGCCUACAUGACUAAAGUAGAGUUGGAAGCAAAGGUGCAAGCUCUGAUUGAUGAAAUCAACUUCCUGAGAUACGUGUUUGAGGAGGAGCUGUCUCAGAUGCAGACGAUAAGUCGUGACUUGUCUGUGGUGGUGUCUAUGGAUAACAGCAGGCACCUAGAUAUGGACAGCAUGAUUGAUGAAGUCAGGCGUCAAUAUGAAGACAUCGCUCGGAGCAGCAGAGCAGAAGCUGAGGCAUGGUACCAGAGCAGGUAUGAAGAACUGCAGACCACGGCGGGACGACAUGGAGACAACCUGCGUAACACCAAGCAAGAGAUCCAGGAGCUGACCAGGUGUAUCCAGAGGCUGCGAUCGGAGAUUGAGAAUGUGAAGAAGCAGUGUCAGCAGCUGCAGGCAGCCAUUGCGGAGGCUGAGGACCGGGGUGAGAUGGCCCUCAAGGAUGCUAGGUGCAAGCUGGAAGAGCUUGAGUGUGCCCUGCACAAGGACAAGGAGGAGCUGGCUCGCUUGCUGAAGGAAUACCAAGAGCUGCUGAAUGUCAAGAUUGCCCUGGAUAUAGAGAUUGCCAUGUACAGGAAGCUGCUGGAAGGGGAGGAGUGCAGGCUGAGUCAGGAUAUGUCCAACGUGAAUGUCUCGGUGGUGGGCAGGACCACCAUUUCUGGAGGCCAUGGAGGAAUUGGCGGCGGAUUCGGAGGCGGAAGUGGAUUCGGAGGUGGAAGUGGAUUUGGAGGCGGAAGUGGAUUUGGAGGAGGAUGUGGAAUUGGAGGUGGCAUUGGAGGAGGUGGAAUCGGAGGAGGCAUGGUAGGUGGCGGGUAUGGAGGCAGCUGUGUCAGCGGAGGUGGCAUGAUGAGCGGUGGUUACUCCUCUGGAAGCGGAAGAGGCUUCAGCUGUGGCGGAGGCAGCAUCGGCGGUGGAUCCUCCUCGUCUGUCAGGAGAUGCAUCACAACUACGACCGUCAAAUCUUCAGGGGGAAAGUGUUAAGCCUGGGAGUCCUUCUUCCCAGGGCAGGAAAUAUCUCUUCUGCUCUCCUGGCUGCAGCACAGCCCCUCUCCACCCAAUCCUGGCAUCCAGAAAAGAAACGAACUGUGCCCGGCCACUCAACCCCCUCCAUAGACCCUCUUCUGCCAACUGCCCAUGCUCCUAGGGGGAGCCGUGUGAGAAGACACCACCCUCUUGGACACCACCACCAUGGACCUAGGUUUUCAGCAAGCUCCAGAGUCUUGUUCAGACCUAAGCAAUAUUGCAAAGUUAGGGAGCUGUGCCAGGAAACGCAUCCCUGGAGGCUAGCAGUUAGCAGAGGGUAGAUGAAGGGAGGAGCGCUCUGCCUCUCUCGCUGUGCUGUAUCUGUUGAGUUGUUGUGACUGCCCUGUGGCAAUGUGUAUAAAACUCCUUCUUCCCCUUCUCUUUCCUGAGCCUUCUUCUUCAAUGGCCACGUUUCCUUGGGUGCUCUAGUUUACUGCAUCGCACGUCCUGCAUUUGCUCGCUUUACAAACAGCAGUAGGCCAUGCUUUCCCAUGUUGAAGUAACAGUUCAGUCCAGACAGAACGGAGCAGGAGGAAACUUCUCUGCUGGUGCCUAGAGAGGUCAAUACAUCCGCUAUCUGGAACGAGUAGGCAGAUGCAAUAUUUGGGUAACCCCGGGUAUACUCUAGCCAACCUUCCCCAAAAUGAGUGGGUAUUAAUCCUGCUUGUGUCCUCUCAAUUGUUAGUUGUACUCAGUUCUGCCUGAUGUGUGCAUGGCUUCUUUUUAAGGUAACAGAGCAAAAUGUUCUCCCCAAAGUCUUCUGUGAUGUGGAAUGUGCUUGUAUUGUAUUGUCUCCUUACCUUUUCUGCUCAUGGUCUGUCCCAUUUUCUAGGGGUACGGCCAUUCUCAAUAAAUUGCAGACAAAUCAA